GGAGACUUCUUUGUGGGCCCUGUUUGCUUUGGACUGCUCACCUAAAACACUUUGGUUUAAAUAUGUGCAGUUUCUUUUAAUGUUUAAUUAUUGAAAGACGGAGUGCCCCUACUUCCGGUUCGGCUCUGAAGGCGGGGGUGUGUUUCUUCCGGCAGCUGCUCGCUCCCCACCCUGUGUUGUUGUUGUUUUUAAUAGCAGUCGCUCACCGUGGCUCGUGCAGCUAUCGUCCCGUGAUUUCGGUGCCGCCGCCCAACGGUUGGCUCGCCGCGCGCAUGCAGCAGAAUGGCUCGAGCGGUCCCAACGGUUCUAACGGGUCUAACGGUUCUUCUGAGGGGAGCGGCGGUGGCAGGGAGCGGCAGGAGCGGCAGCAGGCUCCGUCCUUCAGCCCGCUGCCCGCCGCCACUACUCGGGUGAGGCGCUUCAUCCAGGAGAGACGGGCGCUGCCUCUACCCAGGGUGAUGGUGGUUUUCUCGGCCGCGGAGGACACCGAGAAACCGGGUGAUGCCAUGUCCGGCAGCUCUGGCUCCACUACGGCUGCCGAGGACGAGUUCAGAAAACCGGCCUCCCCGACGCCGAGCUUCGCCCUCAGCAAGACUCUCCGCUCCGCGUUCAACACACCGGAGCAGGAGUUCCCAGAGGUCAUCUCUCUGAACGUCGGGGGCACGUACUUCACGACCCGCCUGUCCACGCUGCGGCGGCACGAGGACACCAUGUUGGCCGCCAUGUUCAGCGGGCGCCACUACAUCCCUCGAGAUGCUGAGGGACGAUACUUCAUAGAUCGGGACGGAACAUACUUUGGGGACAUCUUGAACUUCCUGCGGGAGGGGGAGCUGCCCCACAGAGAGAGGGUGCGGGCGGUGCACAGGGAGGCGCAGUACUACGCCCUCGGCCCGCUGCUCGACAGCCUGGAGGAGACGCAGCCGCUCACAGGGGAGAGGGUUCGCCAAGCCUUCCUGGACCUGAUGCCCUACUACAGAGACAAUCUGGAGCGCAUAGUGGAGAUCGCCAAACUGAGGGCCAUGCAGAAGAAAGCUCGUUUUGCCAAGUUGAAGAUCUGCGUGUACAAAGAGGAGAUGCCCAUCACGCCGUACGAGCGUCCGCUGUUUAACUCUCUGCGUUUCGAGCGCUCGGACAGCGAGGCCAAGCUGUUCGAGCAUCACUGCGAGGUGGACGUUUCCUUCGGGCCCUGGGAGGCGGUGGCGGACGUUUACGACCUGCUGCACUGCAUCGUGAGCGACCUGUCGGAGCGCGGCAUCACGGCGGAGCAGCAGUGCAUCGGCGUCUGUGACAAACACCUGAUCAACCACUACUACUGCAAGAGGCCCAUCUACGAGUUCAAGAUCACGUGGUGAAGCUUCUGGAACAUUUUACACAAAGUUAAUGAUCUGUUUCACCGUGAAACCGAUUGAUUAACGGCGUCCAUCUUUGAAUGUCGGUCAGAAAUAAAGAAGCGGUUUGGAGAAG